AUGGCUGGCUUCCGCGGCAUAUAUUCAGGUGGGUCUUGGAUGCUGCACAGGAGCCAUAGGGACAAUCCAUACAUGGUCUUCAGCCCAACUUCUAGACUGCGGCUCGCCAUGGACCUCCUCAGCGUGAUCGUGCUCGCGUACGACGUGCUCUCCCUGCCCUACAUGCUUGCUUUCGAGGUGCCCCAGGAGGGGACGGUGAUGACACUGUCGAUGAUAUCGGUCUGCUUCUGGACGGCCGACCUGAUUUUGUGCUUUCGCACAGCUUUCUGGCGCAAAGGGCGCCUCGAAAUGAGUCCGCGGAGGAUCGCCAUUCAGUACUUGAGGAACACCUUCAUGCUUGACGCCUCCCUCGUUUUGCUCGACCUCCUCGCGAUUGUGAUGAUCUUGUUGGAGAACAACCAGCCCAAAGAGAUGGACGCAUUCAAGCUGUGGCGGAUCGGCAAGAUAACUCGCAUAAUGCGAUGCCUGAGCUUCCUCAGACUGAGGUCCGUGGCAGACAUUGUUGAGCGCGUGUCCCAGCGCAGUAAGUUCCUGCAGGCAACAAGCCUGGUCGUCUACGACGUCAUCAGGAUAGUUUUCGUGAUCCUGUGGCUCAACCACAUCAUCGCGUGCUUGUGGGUCGCCCUCGGGAAGAAUGUAUCCAACGACACGGGCAUGAGCUGGCUCGACGUGUCGACGGGCGGCCACGACGGCAUGCCGUACGGCUACGCCGCAAACAAGCUGGGCCCUGCGGGCCACGGCUUUGCACUGGGCUCUGACGCAGAUGACGCCAGGCUCAAUGCAGGUCUUCCCGGUGAAUUCCUCGGAGCGCAUCUUCAACUCCGUCUGUCUAGUGUUUGGCGUCCUCGUGUUCUCGACCUUGAUCUCCUCGAUCUCCUCAUCCGUGACCCAAUUCAAGAUCGGGAUUGCAAGCAGCACCCACAAGCUGGAGCAGCUGAACCGCUUCCUGAGGAAGGUCGACAUCAACCCAGCGCUCGCCAUUCAGGUCCGCAAGCACGUGCGGGAAAAGAUGAAGUACCAGACGCCGCUGGUGAACAAAGACGUGGAGGCGCUCCAACUGCUCCCCCUCUCCCUGCGAGUGCAACUGGAGCUGGAGCUGUGCCGCCCGCACCUGGACCUGAACCCCUACUUCUAUCCAGCACGGUGGCGGAUUUUGUGCUCGCUGUGGACGACACCACGGCCGAGGAGCUGUGCCACAAUUGUGCGGAGUUCUCCGUUCUGGGCAAGAGUGACACGCUCUUCCUCGCGGGCGUGGGGGCCGAGGGGAUCUUCUUUGUCACCAGCGGCGCGCUGGGAUACACGCCCGGAGGAGCGAACAGACUGAUGAAGGCGCGCGGCCAGUCACGCCUGAUGCCGACCGGCUCGACUGAGGAGGUCUCGCUCCCCACGAACUAUCUCCAGGGAGUCGCACAGCUCGGAGCUGGUGGAGCAGGGCCAGUGGCUGUCCGAGGCGGCGCUGUGGUGCGAGUGGCGGCACGCGGGGACCUCCGAGGCGGACCGGGGGCCCUCCUGCGAGGUCUUGCGCGUGGAGGCGCAGCGCCUGAUGGGGCUGAUGAGGUCGCGCAGGGGCGCCGUCGGCCAGUUGUCCUGGGCCUACGCGCGCAGCUUCCACGCCCUGCUGAGCGAGGCCAUGAGCGGCCGCAUGGGCAACGCUGGUCGGCCCACCGACCUGCGCCUGCCGUUCACCUCGGACGAGGUCAUCUCCAACCUGCCCGCGGGGGCCAGGACUCGACCUUCGUGGGCCAGGUGGCCCUGCGCGAGCUGCGGCGGUCGCUGGGCAGCGCGCGCGGCCUGGGCCAGGGCUGGGUGGCCUCGCUCGGCGAGGGCUCCUGGCCCGACGUCGACGCGCUGCGGGAGGACGUGGGGCGCGGCGCCAGCGCGCUGGUGCUCUCCAGGGCCAGCAGGUUCGGCGUGAAGCGCGUCAUCACGAUGGUGGCGCUGCAGCUCUGCCGGGAGGACGGGCGGGUGCUGGUGGCGCUGCGUCGGCCCGACUCGCGCGUGGGCGACGGCGGGGGCGCGGAGGCGAAGCUGCCCGGCCUCAGGCAGGAGGACGGGGAAUUCCCCGAGCAGUGCUACCGGCGCCUCGUGGACGACUACUUUGGCGCCAUGGCGCCUGGCAUUGUGCUGAAGGGCACCGAGAGGCAGAGCGACGAGAGGACGAAUGAUGAUCUCGGAGUGUCCACCAAGCUCAUCAAGGUCGUGUUCAAAGCCCGCUGGGAGCCGCCCCCCACCGUGGCGGAGGGGGCCCUCGGCAGGAGGGGUUCGGUCACGUCCGAGCUUUCGCCCCCCGUGCUCCUGGGGACGGCGGGGGCUCAGAAGGACCUGCUGCAGACCAACGAGGUGUUUCACCUGCCCGGCGGCCUCCUGGUCGCCUGGUUCACGCCCGAGGAGCUCCAGAAGUGCGCGGCGGCGGACGGCACCAAGGCCCUGGGCCAGUGGCUCUCCAGGGUCACCUUCCCCCUGAGGAAGUCCAAGAGGAGGCGCUCAAGGAGGCUCCACACGCUCGAGUCGAUUGUCACCAAUCUCAGCGCGGAUGAGGACUCCGCGAGGAGGCUCUCCUCCGUCUCCGUGGACGAGGAGUCUCUGACGCUGUGA